AUGGCAGGCGCGCUCUCGGCACCCCUGCGCUGUUAUUCGCCUAGGACUGACUGGCACCGUAGGAUUACAAUGACAAGCAAUUUGGGACCGAUCCAGGCUCCCGCUGUCAUACAAAGUACAGAUCCGUCGUGAUUGAAUCCCAAUUCACUGAAUAUUAAUUCAUGGACUGUUUCAGUGUGAACAUGCUUGGAAGAAUAGCUUCUGCAAUAUAAGGCUCUAUGCGAUUGAAUGUGUGGUAAUGAAGCGGCUGGACUCUGACUCCAAUGGCCUUUUCUCAUCGGGAGAAAACUCAGACAAUGACUGUGAGGAUGUAAUGGGAGCAACUUGUGGCGAGACCGGCACAGUGUGUCUGUGCGAUAGAGGCUCUUGCGCAACCUACUGUGAACAACAUCCCCAAGCUGAUACACAAAAAUGUGAACAAUGUGGGAAAAAUCGUGUUCUGUUCACCAGAUACUCAGAGGGCUAUGGUACAGAGGAGGAGUGUGUCCAGUCAGAUCCUCAGGGAGAAAGUGAUGCUGACGCUGAUAUUGAGGACACAGAUAGCAGGCUGCAGGUGGACGGUUCCCUGCAGCGAAUCAGCUCUCGAAAACGGAAACGUCAGCGAAUCACCAGGCAGGACACAACCGAGAGUGAGGACGACGGUGGGCGGAGUCACAAAACUCAUCGGUGGAAUCUUAGACUGAGUCCCCACCGCACUCACAACAAGACCAUUUUGGAGGAGAGUGUCUCACAGGUGCGGCCCCUUGUACUUUGCCGCUGCACUGCUGGCGAGGGCCAGACCACACAGGCAGACGCUCCCAAGGGGACCAGGAAGUUGCUCCUGGCCCUGUGGCCCUCGUCCUUCUCCAGUCCGCUCCUCCUCUUCCUCAUCUUCCUUCCUCUCGCGUUGAGCUUCAUUAUCGUGAUCGUCUCCUUCCUGCUGCCACUGACCAACACUUGACAGUCCGUCGUUUCAUGGUCUGUGUCAUGCUGUUUGGGUCCAUUAAAGCCGUGUGUUGUGUGUCCUAUAGCAACUGGUAGUUCCCUCCCUGUCCCUCUAGCCAUAACUAAACUAAAACUGUUCAUCUGUUUAUCUGUUUACCACUUAAUACUGUGCAAAAUUACAGCUGUGCUUGUACUGUCAAUUAUUUCAGAAUUUAGAUGGUUGCACUUCUUGCUUAAUUUAAUUGAAAUAUUUUGAUGAGCAUAGAAUUAUUUUAUGUACUUGGCUAAAACAUAGAUAUGUCUAUUUUUAUAGUGCCAGUUCCUGGUUGCAGUUGUACGCUUUUGGAUCCCAUGAAAUCAGUGAACCUUUAAAUGAUCAAAUCAAAUCUAAUGUAUUAUAGGUUUUAAUGAACCUUGCUGUUGACUACACACUAAUGUGAGUAUGUCCUUGUGUGCAAACUUACUGGAAGUCAAAUAAGUCAAUUCUUUCUUUCUCAGUUCUCAACCUACCAUUUCUAACAAAAACAGAGCAUUCUGUCGCUCUCUCUUUCUCUCUCUCUCUCUCUCGUUCUCUUUCUUCGGUGAGUGGGAGAGUGAAGGUCAGUGAGAAGGCCGUUUGUGGGAGAAGUGACAUAACUAUGCAAUCUGCAGUCGCUGCGUGUGCAAGUCUCUGCCUGAACUCAAGCACCCCUUAGAAGAAGCUUAAGCACAAUCACAGAAUCGUGAACAUUAAACUGAAAAUGUGUUUACAAAGCAAGCAACUGGCGGACUCUUAGUAUCUUAUCCUGUGUUGGUACUGAGGAAACACUAGCCAACCAAAUACACUUGUAUUGUAUAGACAGAGGGUUCCAUAUUUUGUGAUGUUACAAAAUAUUGCCACCCCAUUGCUUGCCUUUGUAGUGUAGUCCUUGGAAUUGUGUCUAUCUGUCGGUCUUGUUGAGGCACUGAGGUGCAAAGAAGCCAAACAAAAAGCACAAGCCAUUGAUAAUGUUAUUACGCUCUUCAGUAAUACAUUUAGAACCUGUCCUCCCUACCUCAGUAGAUAGGGACUGCCCAUAGUUCUAGUGGCAGCCAUUAUUAUUAGCAUUUAUGUGUGUUCUCAUCGAGUGAGUCAUUCUGAUACACUGUAUCUCUUCGCUCCCUACUCCCUUGGUCUCGGGGUCCUAGGGUGCCCUAUUUAAUGUCCGAGAUGUAUUUAAUCAAGGUGUAGACAUUAGAGGUGCUUAGCAACCAAACAUUUCUUGGAUUUAGGACUAAUUCAACUAAUUAGGUGGAUUUUGCUGAUCCAUUGCAUGGGUGAAAGAAAACAAGGAACAAGCCUUUUUUCCUUUCAGAAGUUUUACUUUUAGUCUUUAAUAUUGUUCUUGUCAGACAUGUUGCAGGUCUGGCCUGGCACAAACACUUUCUGUGUGAUCUCCUUUGUAGAAAGAUUCAUGGAUUACUCAUGGACUCAUUUGAAAUGUGAAAGGGAUUCUUUGUUGAUAAACCAAAGGUAACCCCAAGACUGUGUUUAACCUUGUGUGUGGGUGGUCAGCAAAGCUAUUGGAUAACACUGUCUACUUGUCGAUCCCUUGAAAAUGUGAUUUAUAUAUGAUGUGUGGGUAUGUAAGAGUGACCUGAUUGAAAGGUUGAUAACUGAAAGCUUCUAAAACUGCAGUACUUGCAGUGUAGGACACGCUGCCUACACCCAGUCUGAACCUAGCAGCUCUUUCAUAGAUGUUGUCAUGAAAUGUUAUGUCGAAAGCAAGACUGAUAAACUAAGCCUUUGUGACGCCUCACAAAUAAUAUGGUAUGUACGAAGAAUACUGUUUCUUGAUGAUGCCAGUCAUCACAUUUUGAAAGUGAGAGGAAUAAAAAGACUUAUCUGUUUUCUAUAAAUGAGCAGCGUGCCGCAGAUGUCCUCAGGGUUUCUUCGAGGUACUUCCUGGUGGAGUUAUAAUACUGUAAUGUGGGACUAAUAGUCAUGGUAAGGCUUCUGCUAUGUUACAUUUCUGUGACUCUUGUGUUGUUUAUUUCCCCCAACUUGGAGUGAGUUCUUUAAAGAUCUGUACACAACUCUGUAGAUAAGCAGUUUAACCAGAUAGUUUUUUUUUUUUUUUUGGAGUGUAAGCCAUCAAGAGUUUAACACGUCUCUACAUUAGGCCAAGAGGAAGAAUACAUAGUGAUGACUGACCCACAUAGUCAUAGCAUAGUCCUUCAACAUAGUCCUUCUAGUAGAGACAAGAAAAUACACUGGCCUUUCAAGCAAGAUUUAGAGGAAAAAUCUUUUUUUUCUAAAAUGUGUACAAAUUCAGAUUAAAAACAGCAUAAACCAAGAAUGACAGAGGUGGUGCCAGACUUGCUCUGUUGUGUGCUGUGGUACGUUGUGUGCUGUCGUACGUUGUGUGCAAAUCCAACCUUAACCUGCUUUCCAGAGAACACUCUCCUCCAAGUGGAUGACAUUGUGUUGGUCUUUGUAAUAACAAUCCAAACGUGUCAAAAGUGAGAUAGACGAGGUUUACCGCCAACAUAAAUAAUAUGCUUUCCUUUUUGUUUUUGAAUGUGCAAUUUCCCUGGUGUGUUUUAGCAGACAAGGUGGCCAUGCACCAGUGAUGGAAAUAAUGAAGCAGUAAUGAAGGAGAUAAGGCAGUGUUAUUGUGCUUAACCCUCUUCUUGAUUUUGAUCGUCUGUGUGUAUGUGUGUGUGCAUAAGAGAAGAGUGUGUGUGUGUGUGUGUGUGUGUGUGUGUGUGUGCGUGUGUGUGUGUGCAUAUGCAUACGUGUGUUUAUUUAUUUUUUCAUGUAUUGCUUCUGUACAUACUGUAUAUUGUUGUAUGUGUUGAUUGAUUUUAUUGGUCCAAGUUGGAAUAAAACCAAAAGUACACUCA